UUUUAAUAAAAAUAUCAAACAUGAAAUAAGAAGAGAAAAAAAAAAAAAGAGGAAAGAAAGAAGAAGAAAAGGCUCCUUUGUCUCGGAAGAACCAAACCUUUUCUUUCUUUCUUUCUUUCUUUCUUUCAACACCAAAAAUCUCACACAAGCCGCCUUAUUUUCAACACUGUCUCUUUCGUAAAAAACCAGAUCGACGGCGUAACUCUCUCCGGUGAACUCUCCUCAACCAUUAGAUAAGUAUCCACAAGUGUUGAUGUAAAAAGAAAGUUUUUUUCUAUUUUUUUUUUUUUUAAAUGUAAAGUUUUUUUUUGUUGUUUCUUUAAAUUUUUAAUCCGUUCGUUAUCAGAAAAAGUAGGUAGCAAAAAAAAAGAAGAUUUUAGUUUUUUUUACGAAAAGCAGAUUGACUGGUAGCUGAAGAACAACGGAGGAGAAUUUUAGAAAGAAAAAGAGUAAAAAUAAUUAAAAGCCCCGUAAAGGUUGAAACUUGGUUGACGAAAAUUUUCUUCAUUUAUUUCAUUUUUUUUUUCAUUCUAAAACUUUUAUUUAUUUAUUCAAGAAUCAAUCAAUCAGUUAAGAAACAACAAAAGUGAGAUUUUUUUCUUCUUUUUUUUGAUAUAACAAAAAAAAAAAAGAUGCCGGUAGAUUUAGAUAACUCCUCUACAGUCUCCGGUGAAGCAAGUGUUUCAAUCUCAUCUACCGGAAACCAAAACCCACUUGUUAACUCCACCGGGAAGAAGAAACGUAACCUCCCCGGCAUGCCUGAUCCAGAGUCAGAAGUUAUAGCUUUAUCACCAAAAACUCUACUAGCUACGAACAGAUUCGUUUGCGAAAUCUGUAACAAAGGGUUUCAAAGAGACCAGAACUUACAGCUUCACCGUCGUGGUCACAAUUUACCGUGGAAGCUUAGACAGAAGUCUAGUAAAGAAGUGAGGAAAAAAGUCUACGUUUGUCCUGAAGUUAGCUGUGUCCAUCACGAACCUUCACGUGCUUUAGGAGAUCUAACUGGAAUCAAGAAACACUUUUGUCGGAAACACGGUGAGAAGAAGUGGAAAUGUGAUAAAUGUUCCAAGAAGUAUGCUGUUCAGUCUGAUUGGAAAGCUCACUCCAAGAUUUGUGGUACUAAAGAGUAUAAAUGUGAUUGUGGUACUCUCUUUUCUAGGAGGGAUAGUUUUAUAACGCAUAGAGCUUUUUGUGAUGCUUUGGCUGAAGAGAGUGCGAGAAGUAAUACUCAUAGUCAGAGCAAGAAACAGAGUCCAGACAUUUCGACCCGGAAAAAACCGAUACCCGACCCAAAUCCUGCUCCGGUGGAUACUGAGUCUGCUAAAAUCAAAUCUUCAUCGACUUUAACUAUUAAGCAAUCAGAGUCUCCAAAAACCCCUCCGGAGAUCGUUCAAGAAGUUCCAAAACCGACCGGUUUAAAUGUUACACGCAACGGUGUUUUCGCUGGCUUAUUUGAAUCUUCCACGGCUUCUCCAAGUAUAUAUACAACAUCUUCUUCUUCAAAGAGUCUAUUUGCGCCAUCUUCGUCCAUCGAACCUAUAUCUUUGGGUCUCUCAACAGGUCAUGGAUCAUCGUUUCUCGGGUUAAACCGGUUCCAAGCUCAGCCCGCGAUGUCAGCAACCGCUUUACUUCAAAAAGCAGCUCAAAUGGGAGCAGCGUCUUCAGGUGGUUCAUUGCUUCGUGGAUUAGGGAUAGUUUCAUCAAGCUCAUCUUCUAUGGACGCAAUAGUUCCUCAUGGACUAGGAUUAGGACUGCCUUGCGGUGGCGAAAGCAGCUCGGGUUUGAAAGAGCUCAUGAUGGGGAAUUCAUCUGUGUUUGGUCCGAAACAAACGACAUUAGACUUUCUCGGAUUAGGUAGAGCGGUUGGUAAUGGAAAUGGUCCAAGCAACGGACUAUCCGCUCUAGUUGGAGGAAGCAGCGGCAUUGAUAUGGCGACGACAUUUGGAUCAGGAGAGUUUUCUUCAGGGAAAGACAUUAAUAGAAGAAAAUCAUAAGUAGAGUAAUCAAUAUGUUUGAGAUAUUGGGGGGUUUUAGAUGUUCUUGUUCAAUAGUUGAAGUGUGAGUGAGUUGAAACUUCCCUUUGAAGAAAGGGUUUCGAUAUUUAAUAUAUAUUGCAAUCAGUUAAUCA